AUGAGUUCUUCUAUUCGAGUUUCAAAUCUACCCAAGGAUGUAACUGAAGAAACUAUUCAUUCAUUGUUUUUAUCGUUUGGUAAUAUACUAUCAAUAACGUCUCAAAAGAACUAUAUAGAUAUACAGUUUCAAGAAAUCAGUGAUGCACAAGCUGCACUUGAUAAUAUGACAGGGUUUAAGUUGUUUGACAGUUAUUUACAAGUCAGCAAAAUCAGUGAAUACAAUCCGUUGGAUUCAUUAGAAGAGAAGAAACCAAUUUGGGAACAAAAUCAUGUUCUGAACCAAGAAUAA